AGCUUAGGUAUGGCGGGCGGAGGAUUGAGGGACGCACAAAGCUUUAAUUGAAAAUGCGCAGGGUCUAGUUAUAUAAUAUGCUGAUUUGAGCGUCACCAUCAGGCCCCACUAAAAGUUAUAGAUCACUUCGUCAAGAAGGCAUAUCAUGUUUUCUUGUAGAAUAUUGGUGCUGUAAAGCAGGAGCUAUGUCUUUUGUUAAGGAACAUGAAGCAGUUACUAGACUUAUGGCUUUUCUGAAAGAAUGGGACAGAGGUAAUAAAGCAACAAGAAUUCGAAUGCUUAAUAAUUUCAUCUCCUUACAUCGGGGAAAGACUGGACCUCAGCUUGAGCAAGAAUUCUUCCAGGGUGGCAGUCUGUUCUUUGCGCGAUUGACUACAUGGCUUAGACUUUCAUAUAUGUUUGGGACAUAUUUAAGUGAGAUUCUCCUGUCAAUUGGAAUAUUUCUGUCUUCUUCAAACAGCAACCGCUAUAGUGUUGAAUUUGUUGAGGAUGGAGGCAUUCUGACGCUACUAGAAAUUCUUGGAUUAAACAAUUUGGGGGAACAGCACAAGAUUGAAGCUUUAAAACUUCUCCAAAUAUUGGCAAAAACUGGCAAACAAUACAAAGAACUGGUGUGUGAAAGCUAUGGUGUACGGAUGGUCGCAGAAUGUCUGGCAAAGUCAAAAGUAAAAGACACUCAGGAACAAGCACAAGUUGUGUUGGAAUUAUUGGCUCAUGGAAAUCCUAAAUAUCAGUAUCAAGUGUAUAAAGGAUUGAUUGCUCUUUUACCCUGUGGGUCCCCGAAUGCUCAGCAACUGGCUUUACAGACUCUUAGGGAAAUACAGCAAACUUUCAGCAGUACUCACCCCAGUAUAGUGGAUUCUCUUCUUGGAGUACUUCAGUCAAUGCAUCAGGAAGUUCAGUAUGAAGCUGUCCAACUUAUUAAAGAGCUUAUGAAUACUGAUGUUCGCCCAGCACUGCUAAAAGGAUUAGUAGCACUUCUGAGACCCUCACAAAAAGAAAAUAAGAAGUCUAAACCACAAAUUUUAGAAGAUACAACUGUUGAACAACAUUCAGGACCAUUACCAUCUUUCAUUCAACAAGCAGCAGCAGUGAGGGCUAUAGGAAUGGUGUCUCAGGAAUCAACAGAACUAUGUGAACAGUUAAUACAACUGCGUUUAAUACAUCACUUGCUGUUUGUGAUGGGGAACAGAGACCACAGUGAAAGUCAAAGGCAAGCUAGUCUUGUUUUAGAGUAUUUUGUUAUGUCUUUUCCUGUUGUUGAAGAACAAGUAAGAAAAACAAUUGGUGAUACUCUGUUCCAAAUGCUAAUGGACAAUGCUGAGUUAUUGUAUAUGAAGAUAGACUCGAGUCAAGCUGAUCUUUUAGCAACCAAUCAAAUUAACAUCCCCAGAGCAAAAGAGGCUAUCGACUGAAAUUUGUCUAGACAAUCAUGACUCACGUGGACUUCAAAAAAUAUUCUACAUUGUUAUUUUUAGUGUGUCUCUGUCACAUUUUGCUUUAUCUUUUCAUUCCUAGCUUUCUUUCUUUUUUUCAAGUUUUCUUGUAAUUGUGUCCACUCUCAUCAGCAUGUAUCUUAUUGCACCUAGUUAUACAUGUUUUAUGAUGUUUCUAUAAUAUGACAUUAUUAUUCAUGGUUGACUUCUUUAUUGCACUUCCUUCUUAAUAAUUUUAUAAAAAAUCAAAAGAAAUUCUAAGUAUUGUGUGCUCAAGAACCAAUGUCAAAUAGAGGUGCAAAUGUUUUUUAACUUCAAACAUACCACAUAUAUUAUCACUCCAAUCACCUGGUUCACCUGGAAAAUGAUGGACCAAACACAAAACCACUUGUGUAUUCUUACUAAAUCCAUGAAUGGUAACAUUUCAAGAACACUGGAUAUCUUCCUUAAAGUUCUGAGCUAUUUUUAUCAAUACAUAUACUUAAAAGUGAUUGAUACAUAUUUAUUAAGUAUGAGAGGCAGGUUUUUUUACUGAGCAUUAACCCAUGUUACAUCCUGGCAAAAAUUAUAUUGAGAGCUUCAGAUUUACAAACUGUUUAGAAAAGAAGAUUAACAUAAAAUAGAUUUGUCAUGUAAUGUGUUUUACAAAUGCACAUAUACCACAUAGAGUCAUUGUGGUGAAGCAUUGUGUUCAUGUAUAUGGAAUUGAUAGAGAACUGUGUAUUAACUAGUAAAUAAAUUGUAAAAAAAAAUUGUAAAAAAAAAAAAGUAAAGCAAAAUAAAUGUAAAUAAAAAAAGAGGAUGAGAAAGUAUGGAAAGAAAGAGAUAUAGAAGACUUGGACCAGUUUCACCUGAUAAAUACAUCCCACUAGACGGAUGCAAAAUAAAAAGGCAGAUUCUGCAACACCAUUCAGCUUUCAUACAACAAAGUUGUUUGGAAAAUGUAUUGAUUUUAGUUUUAAGAUUGAGAGGUAAUGUAUUGCUAGAGCAUUCCCAAACUGAGAAUAAAUUGUGGGUAUAUUUAUCCUUUU